AUGAACUCUGCUGACGCUGCCAGCAGACCCGAGGCUGAAGGAGCCUCGGGAAGGCGAGAGGAGGAGAGUCUUGCCGGAGAGACGGGAGAAGAAAUCCGCAAAUCCGUGGAUGCUGCGUUGGACGACUACAGGUCGAUGCAUCGAAAACAGUAUGAAGAUCGUCUACGGCGAGAAGCAGAGGAGGAGGAAAAGGCGAAAAGGUUAGCAGAGGAGCGGAAGGGCUACGAAAUGGCAGCGAAGCUCCAACAGGAGGAGGAGAGUCUCCUGGCGACCCGGGUGGCCGCAGAUGCGGAGAUGAGCCGACAACUUUUUGCACAGUUGAAUCGUCAUGUCCAGCCAGAUUCGUUGAGCCGAGCAGCAGUUCAGUCGGCUGCCUGCGACAGCACUUCUGCCGAUGCCUCUGCCGCAGCUUACUCGGCCGAGUGGUACGAGCAUCUGCGUCAGCAACAAGAACACGAGAGACGCGUUCUGGAAGGCUAUAGUGCCUUUCCUGGCCAGUCUGACGAAGACAAUGUCCGGCCACCUAUGCGGACGAACUACACGGAGCGUCUCAUCGACGAUGGCCCCGUUGGUUGGACUUCCUCGACCGGUGGCUUUUCGGAGAGCCUCCUAGGGCCUCCCGCAAGCCAAGGACGUGGCGGCUGGUCCUGGAUGGAAGACGCGAUGCGCGAGACACUGGGACUGCCCGAACGGCCGGGAGUCGGGGAGCAACUGUCACCUGAGGAACGCGCACAUCAGCGUCGGCGGGCCGUGUACGUCGCCUUGGUUUGUUUUUGUAUGGUCGGCCCUCUCGUUAUUGCCCUCAUAAUGCUCAUUUCGCAAAUGUUACAGUAGUCUGGAACGCGGGGAAUGGACGAGCGAACUGCGUGACUCCGAGUUGAAUUCGUUGUUGCGAGGCUCGCUGUUUCUCGUGCGUCAGAUUCAGGGGGCUAUCACAAUGUGGGACGUUCACAAAGAACGGAAGGUCGGGAUGCACUUUUGUUUUGUGAGUGUUCACUGCUCAAGAGGCAGGAACAGUGCUUCGGUGGAUGUCGUACCCUCCCACGCGUCGUGUGUAAGCUGGCGUCACAAACGUAGCCGCCGUUCCUUCAGGAUCAAGUACGUUGUGUCCACCACCAUUUAAGGUCUACAGGUUGACAGUUCACGCUUUACUGACGCCUCGUGGUAAGUCAGGGGAACGAGCCGACAAAAACUUCCUCUACCUUCGAAAUGUGUAGAACUGGU